CUCGUCACCGUCACCCUCGAGUCCGUGUCUUUUGCAUCCCCACCCUUCGUUUCCAUUUUCCAUUUCCCAUUUUUAUCCUCCUUCCUCGUUCCUCUUGCAUAGCAUCUAUUUCCAAUGGCUGAGCCUGUCUCUAUCGAUGCCUCGCGUGCCACGCCUGGCUUGUGGGAUCGCGUGUCAACCUGGGUUUCCGAGAACAAGGCCGUUGCAUACACCAUUGCCGGAACAGUUGUCGUGAUAACCAGCGCGGGUGCCAUAUACUACUUCUCGGGCUCAAAAACUCCUCCAGCCCCGUCAGAAAAGAGGAAAAGCAAAAAGGAACGGAGGAAAGAAAAAAAGGCCGCCGAGGAUGCAAAGGCUGGCAUUUCGCUAAAAGACGAAGAAGCUGCUCCAGCUACGCCAGCAGCCCCAAAGACUGCUACUGUCGAGCCCGAGGUGGAAUUACCUGAAAUCAAUGAAACUACCGUCGAGACCUUUUCACAAGAGGAGCGCGAGUCACUGGCCCAGAAACUGAAAACACUGGGAAACAAAGCCUACGGCUCGAAGGAUUAUAAUAAAGCCAUCGAUCUCUACGGAAAAGCCAUCCUUCUGAAACCCGAUCCAGUCUUCUAUUCGAACCGAGCCGCCUGCCACAAUGCUCUUAGCGACUGGGACAAGGUCGUCGAAGACACCAGCGCUGCGAUCGCUAUGAAUCCCGAAUAUAUCAAAGCGUUGAACCGAAGAGCACAUGCCUACGAGCAUCUCGGUCUUUUCUCCGAAGCCCUCCUCGACUACACGGCUAGCUGCAUCAUUGAUGGUUUCAAGACGGACAGCAGUGCACAAAGUGUCGAGCGGUUGUUGAAGAAGGUUGCUGAGAAGAAGGGCAAGGCGAUCCUCGCCGAGAAGAAGAAUCGCCUUCCAAGUGCUACAUUUGUCACCAACUACCUCCAGAGUUUCCGUUCACGGCCUCCACCAGAGGGACUAGAACCCGGCGUCGAGUUGGACGAAAAUACCAGCAAAGGUCAAUUGCAGCUAGGGCUUAUCGCAGUGACCAAAAAGACAGGCGAGGCAUAUGCCGAAGCUUCGGCAGCGUUCAAGAAAGCCGUUGAGCUGGGCGACCUUGGCGAGUACGAGGCUUUCGCUUUGAACCAGCGAGCAACAUUCUUGUACCUCGAAGGUGACACUCCUGCGGCUCUGGAAGAUCUCAACAAGGCAAUUGAACUGCAACCAUCCCUCACUCAGGCUUAUAUCAAGAGGGCCAGCAUGCAAUUAGAGACGGGCAACAAAGAACUGGCUUCAGAAGACUUCGAAAAGGCCAUGGCACAAAAUAAAGACGACCCCGACAUCUACUACCACCGCGCGCAAUUGCAUUUCAUUCUUGGCGAAUAUGCAGAUGCCGCCAAAGACUACCAGAAGUCGAUCGACCUCGACCGAGACUUUAUCUACUCUCAUAUCCAACUCGGUGUAACACAGUACAAGCUGGGUUCCAUUGCCUCCUCUAUGGCAACGUUCCGCCGAACGAUCAAGAACUUUGACAAGGUGCCCGAUGUGUACAACUACUAUGGUGAGCUCCUCAUCGAUCAACAGAAGUACGAGGAUGCUAUUGAACGGUUCGAGACUGCAAUCGAGAUGGAACGACAAACAAAACCGACCGGAGCUAUUAACGUCCUCCCAUUAAUCAACAAGGCUUUGGCGCUAUUCCAGUGGAAGCAGGAUUUUGCAGCAGCCGAAGACCUCUGUGAAAAGGCGUUGAUCUUGGACCCCGAGUGCGACAUUGCUGUGGCGACAAUGGCCCAAUUGUUGCUUCAACAAGGCAAAGUUACGAGAGCGCUCGAGUACUUUGAGCGUGCGGCAGAGCUAUCAAGAACCGAGGGCGAGAUCGUCAAUGCCUUGUCGUACGCAGAGGCAACCCGAACACAGCUCGAAGUAUCGCAAAAGUAUCCUCAGCUGGCGGCCAGACUCCAAAGCAUGGAGGGCGCCGUACCCCUCAGGUAAUCUAAGAUGAGCAAGAUAUUGCCCUCUUGAUCAUCUUGUAAGUCGUUUGAUGGAUAGCGGACAUCCCUUCUCCUCUUUUCACUGGAGCCCAAUAUGGAGGCUUUUUAUUCUGGGUGAUGAGACGAUUUAAGAUCGAGACCAUGUCACCAUGUUGUACGUAAUAUUUGAAGCUCGACUUAUAUGACCUCUAGUUGCGCCGGAUCAACGAGGGGAAGACAUUAAGUGAACGGAGUUUAAUGAGGACCAAAACGGCGUACGAGAAUGUAUAAUACGGGACCAGAGUUGUGUGAGAGUCUUCCAUGACAGCGCCUAAAGCUGUUGGAUCCAUUGUAGACAUGCUUCUGCUGCUGCGUCGCUCUGAAUAUCGUUUUGAAUAUGGUGGCCAGCU